GUGAGAACGCACAUACUUGUCAUCAUUCACCAUUCACAAACUUCAACUCUUUAUAAAAUUCAUUCAUUUCCAUUCAUUUAAACAAAGUGCGUGCAAAUUCAAAUCUUUGUUUUUUAAGGAAGUGUCGUAGAAAUUCCUUCUUCUCAACCACUCUCAUAUGCACUUAUCAAAACUAUAGAAACAAACAAUUAACAAUUUGCAUUUUCAUAUUCAUUUUCAUUUGCAUUCUCUGUGUCUUUUUUGUGUCUGUAUAUGGUUUUGUUGUGUAUAUGGAAAAGUCAACGGCAUGUUUGGUUAGUGCCAUUGUGAUCCUAUGUUGUUUUUGUUGCAUAAACUAUGUAACAUCUGAUGCAUCAGAUCAUCGUUAUAAAGAAGGUGAUUUUGUACCUUUUUAUGCAAACAAGGUGGGACCCUUUCACAAUCCAAGUGAGACGUAUAGAUAUUUUGAUCUUCCCUUUUGUUCACCAGAAAAUGUGGAAGAAAAGAAAGAAGAUCUUGGUGAAGUUUUGAAUGGUGAUAGAUUAGUUGUUGCUCCAUACAAACUUGAUUUUCUGAUUAAUAAACAACCUGAGAGCAUCUGCAGAAAGUUUCUGACAAGAAAAGAGGUUGCUCAAUUCAGACAUGCUGUUUUGAAAGACUAUUUUUAUCAAAUGUACUAUGAUGAUUUGCCAAUUUGGGGUUUCCUUGGAAGAUUUGUAACUGAUGAAAAUGAUGACACCAAUGUGGCCAAAGUUUAUCUUUUUAGGAAUGUUCAUUUUGAGAUUCUAUAUAAUAACGAUCGUAUCAUCGACGUUUUCAUUAGAAAUGAUCCAAAUGUUGUUGUCGACUUGACAGAAGAUAGAGAGGUAAAAAUGGAUUUCACAUAUUCUGUCAAAUGGACUGAAACAGAUAUUCCAUUCGAGAAAAGGUUGGAGAAAUACUCACUGACAUCGUCACUCUCACAUCACUUGGAAAUCCAUUGGUUUUCUAUUAUUAACUCUUGUGUUACCGUUCUUCUCUUGACCGGAUUCCUUGCCAUGAUUCUCAUGCGCGUACUUAAGAAUGACUUUGUCAAGUUUACACCUGAUGAAGAGGCACAUGAUGACCAAGAGGAGAGUGGAUGGAAGAAUAUACAUGGUGAUGUGUUUAGAUAUCCAAGAUACAAGUCUUUGUUUGCAGCGGCACUUGGAAUUGGUUCUCAGUUAUUUACACUUGUAAUCUUCAUCUUUAUGCUUGCUCUAGUUGGCGUUUUCUAUCCAUACAACAGGGGGGCUUUUUUUACUGCACUGAUUGUCAUAUAUGCACUAACAUCGGGAAUUGCCGGUUAUUCUGCAGCUUCCUUCUAUUACAUGAUUGAUGGAAAAAAUUGGGUGAAAAUUUUGGUGUUAACUGGAAGUCUGUUCUCUGGACCAUUGUUUUUGACAUUCAGCUUUCUAAACACUGUCGCAGUCGCCUAUAACUCCACUGCAGCAUUACCGUUUGGAACAAUUAUGGUUAUUUUCCUCAUAUGGACACUUGUAACAUCACCUUUAUUGGUAUUGGGUGGGAUUGCUGGUAAGAAUAGCCGAUCAGAGUUUCAAGCACCGAGUAAAACCAACAAGUAUCCUAGGGAGAUUCCUCAACUAUCGUGGUACCGUUCAACUCUUGCUCAAAUGGCUAUGGCUGGAUUUUUGCCAUUCAGUGCCAUUUACGUUGAACUCUACUACAUAUUUGCGAGUGUUUGGGGUCACCAGAUUUAUACCAUAUACAGCAUUUUGUUCAUUAUUUUCAUCAUUCUCCUGAUUGUCACUGCUUUUGUUAAUGUGGCAUUGACAUACUUUCAGCUUGCUGCUGAAGAUCAUGAAUGGUGGUGGAGGUCUUUCCUUUGUGGUGGAUCAACUGGUUUGUUCAUAUAUGGGUACUGCAUGUUUUUCUACCAGGCAAGAUCAGAUAUGUAUGGUUUCAUGCAAACCUCUUUCUUUUUCGGCUACAUGGCUUGCAUUUGCUAUGGUUUCUUCCUCAUGCUUGGAACUGUCGGUUUCCGAGCUUCUUUAAUCUUCGUCAGACACAUAUACCGUUCCGUCAAGUGUGAAUAGCCCAGAAGAAGCUCCCUGGAAUUAACCAGACAAUUUGUUUUCCUCUGUGCCGUGUAAUACAGCAACUUAGAUCUUGUUGCAAAUGGUUUACUAAAGAGUGGUACGGGAAAUGCAAUUGCACCCCAAAUUUCUAUCACAGCUUAAGAUAUAAUCUGAUAUUAAAUGUAUAAUGAUAGUGAAACUCAGUUUUCUUUUUUCAAAUUAUAGAAGAGCUUUUUGCAUUUA